AUGAUUUUUAUUUAUAUAUAUUGUAUAUUACAGAUUUGUUCAGGGAUUAAGUUCCCUACCCCAAACAGUUUUGGAUACUCAUUUGUAAAGUCUGAUAAACAAAAAGAGAAAUCAGCUGAUAGCCCAGUGUAUUUGUUUCUGCCUCCACCAGAACCAGAUCAGAAUGCAAAUAUUAUACCGAAAGAUGUAAAUGUUGUCAAUAACAACAACUACGAUGAAAUUAUAACUGGAUUGAAGAGUAAAGUAUUCACCAAUGAGCCUACUUUGAUUAAUUUUAUCCCAGAUGUCAAGUUGAGUGAUAAGAACACUGUAACAGAUAACAAGGUAAUCAGUGUUAUACUAAAGAUGUCAGAAAUGGUGCUUUUGUCAGAUAGAGUUAUAGUACCUAUUGACUUUACAGAACUAAUGAAAACAGGUUGUUGUGGUUCUGAUCGUCUUAAGUUACUAGGCCUUGUGAUGUUAGCAGUUAAUAUGCAGCACAAUUACUCACCGAAACUUCACUUUGUAGUAUACAACUAUAACACCAUGGAAGAUAAAUUUUAUCUAAAUUCAUAUGAAAAGGAGUAUGUGAAUAGACAAAAGUCAGAAAUAACUGGAGUGUUGAAGGACUUUUUAUCCUCUUUUGUAACAAACCCAUAUUCAUCACCUUUAUUGCCAAAUACCAUAAUACUCACAUGUACCUACACUAACAAGUAUGCCAACGUGAGUAAAAUAUUGAAGGAGUUGUUUGUCGAAGACUUGAACUACUUUUCACUUUGCUCAAGUGAUAUAAAGGAUGAAUUCGAUAAAAAAGUCAGAAUUUGUGAGAACAUUGAAAACUUUUCCUCAUCGAUUCAUGAAGUUAAGAAAACGAAGUUCAAUGUAGGAGAGUUCAACCAGAUUGUUGGCCACUCAGACUUAUACACACAUCUGCUGAACAUACACAACUCUUCAUACACGAAGUUUCUCCAAAAAUUAAAACAGCUUGUCGGUCAGGAAGUCAACAUCAAUAAUGUUAAGAAAUCAAUAGAUACUAUGGUAUCCCAGGUCUUAUCAGACUAUGAUAAUCAAGUAAAACAGUCUAAGGAUAAUUUUAAGAAUGAUGAAGUCACCGAUAAGAUAUACUCUGAGAUGAAAAACAGAUUUGUAAAGAGCAUACAGCACUACUUGUAUUUGUUUAACCAAAAUUUGAUAAUGAACAUAAUAUCUCAAUCAUUGAAUGGUCAUGAACAAGAUUUGAAAAAACUCAAAGUAACGCCAUCACUGGACGAGGAUUUGUCGAAUUUGAUAAAUAAAUAUGACAGUCAGUACUGCAAGAAUGUCAAAAAGGUCAAGUACAGUAUACUGGAUAGUUAUAAACUAUACGACGCGGUGACGAAGUCGUUCAGAUUUGACUUGAUUCUAAGUUUGAGGGAUUAUUCCAACGGGAUAAUGGAGAAAGUGAUAAGGCUAGGGAAUUAUUACCAUGAGUUCUCGAUCAUUGAUGGGCUUAGGUUCACGCCGAGUGAAAACGUAGUUGGAUUUAUUAAAAAAAUAAUUAGUAAGAUCAAUAUUCCACUCAAAAUAAGAAUAUCAUACCUAAGUCCAACAGCUUUUGGAUUCUCUAACUUGUUCAAGUCAGAAAACGUAAUUGGGCGAGACACUAGAUGGUAUUUUACAGGAAAGAGUACUAAAAAGUAGAAAACAUUGGAAGGCUGGUUAAUAAC